AUGGGCCAAGAAGUCGAAGGUGACUCCGUCGGUGAUGAAUUCAAAGGUUACAUUUUCAGAAUCACCGGUGGUAACGACAAGCAAGGUUUCCCAAUGAAACAAGGUGUCAUGCACCCAACCAGAGUUAAGUUAUUAUUAGCCAAGGGUCACUCUUGUUACAGACCAAGAAGAACUGGUGAACGUAAGAGAAAGUCCGUUAGAGGUUGUAUCGUUGCUCAAGAUUUAGCUGUCUUAGCUUUAUCUAUUGUCAAGCAAGGUGAUGCUGACAUCGAAGGUUUAACCGACACCACCACCCCAAAGAGAUUAGGUCCAAAGAGAGCUAACAACAUUAGAAAAUUCUUCGGUUUAACCAAGGAAGAUGACGUUAGACAAUUCGUUGUUAGACGUGAAGUCGUUAAGGGCGAUAAGAAAUACACCAAGGCCCCAAAGAUUCAACGUUUAGUUACUCCACAAACUUUACAAAGAAAGAGAGCAUUAAAGGCUCAAAAGGUCAAGAACGCUCAACAACAAAGAGAUGCUGCUGCUGAAUACGCUCAAUUAUUAGCUCAACGUUUACACGAACGUAAGGCUGAAAGAGCUGAAAUCAAAAAGAGAAGAGCUUCUUCUUUAAAGGCUUAA